UGUCCAUCUCUAUCUCUACUUCCAUCUCCUUCUCAGCCCCACAACAACUCCACUACUUAUCCCCCUCCCGUUACAUUAGUCCCCAAUACGGUGGUAUGAUCUCUCUAAUUUGUGUCAUUCUUCAACUUCAAUUUAAUUUGCAUUUCCCACAUAUGCCAAAAGUCAACGUUGCUCUUUUUCCUUUUUAUUCAUUGAUGAUAUAUUAGUAUUUCAGUCCAAUAUUAAUUUUAGCUCUUUUAAAAAAAUUAAAAAAAAAAAAAAUUAGCUCUUUUGAUUAUUCGUCUAUAUAUUAUUUCAUCAACAAACAAACUUGUUCCUUCUACUCUUGCACCACCUCAACUUUCAGAUUUAUCCUAUCCUUAUCUUCAAAUAUGAUCAUGAUUUUGAUAGUUCUAGAGAAUUUUAGUACGAUAAGCCUGUUUCUUAAAAUCUGGCAUUCAUGUUUGUGAAUACCUCAGCAAAAUAUCUCUGUUAUGGAUAUUAAUUUUUAUUUAAAAAAAAAAAAAGAAGAAGAAGACAAUUGGUUAAUCUCAUCAUUUGAGAACAUGUUAGACAUACAUUUUUUCAUCAUAUUCGAAUAAAAUAUAUGAUAUAUCACUAAAUGAAGACCCGGAAAUGACUUAAAAUGUGUUCAUGGCCACACGGACUUUUUUUUGGUACAAUAUACUGAAAUAUCUUGUAGACGUGUAUAGUGUUGAAAGCUUUAUUAAGGCUUACUUGAAUUGAGUUCACUUGAAUUUUCAAAUUUCACCACAUUAAUAAGUUUUCAAAAUAUGUCGCUCUAUGCUAACCUGGAAAUCACCAAUGCUUUAAGUAGUACUUACUUUGGUGCUAUACUCCAUUUGUUUUUGCACCCUAACUUAAAUAAAACAGGUGAAGACCUAUAAAAAAAAUAUAUGGAAAAUGUUCCAUCAGAAAGUUCAGGUAGAUUUGGAUAGUUUCACAUUCAGUAAGAAGAAUGGUGAGUGUCCGGAAAAGAUUAAUGAAGUUGCAUCCCUUAGAUGUGCAUUUGAGUUAUUUGAUGCCAACUUCUUCAACGAUAAAAAGAUUCUGGAGAUUGUCAAGGGAGUGAAAGAGCUCAAUAUCCCUAUUAUCAGAGCUAAUCGAAAAUUAGUUGCUUCUGUUAAUGGAGGGCUGCAUAAUCCAUCUGCUUUGGUGUUCAAUCCUGAGUGGAGCAGGGAGCAACCCCAAAGCAUAGGCAAAAGAUUUCAUUACCCUUCUCUCAUUGGCACUAAGAGACCAAAAAAUGAAGAAGAUAUUGCUUUCAUGAGUGUUCUUGAAUUAGGGGAACUGAUUAAGACAAAACAAAUUACUUCAGAGGAGCUUACUCGCAUUUUCUUGCAGAGGUUGAAAAGGUACAAUCAUUUUCUUGAAGCUGUGGUCUCUUAUACUGAAGAACUAGCAUACAAGCAAGCGAAACAUGCUGACGAGUUGCUUGCCCGAGGGGUGUAUUUGGGUCCUCUCCAUGGAAUCCCUUACGGGUUGAAGGAUAUAAUUUCAGUUCCCCAUUACAAAACAACUUGGGGUUCAAAAACUUUUAAAGAUCAAGUUAUUGACAUUGAAGCUUGGGUAUACAAGAGGUUGAAGGCUGCAGGGGCAGUUCUUGUUGCAAAGCUUGUUGCUGGAUCUCUGGCAUAUGAUGACAUCUGGUAUGGCGGUAGGACAAGGAACCCAUGGAACAUUGAGGAAUUUACAACGGGUUCAUCAGCUGGGCCUGCUGCAUGCACAUCAGCUGGUAUGGUUCCAUUUGCAAUUGGUUCGGAAACAGCUGGCUCAAUCACGUAUCCGGCUGCUCGUUGUGGUGUGACGGCAUUAAGGCCAACAUUUGGUACUGUCGGUAGAACUGGUGUAAUGAGCAUAUCUGAAAGCUUGGAUAAGCUUGGCCCAUUCUGUAGAAGCGCCACAGAUUGCACUGUUAUUCUAGAUACUAUUCGAGGAAGGGAUCCAGGUGAUCUCUCAUCAAGAGACAGUCCCCUUGAUGAUCCAUUCUUGGUUGACAUCACCAAACUUACUGUUGGAUAUCUUGAUGAUGCCGAGAUGGAGGUUGUUCGAGUUCUUGCAUCAAAGGGUGUUAAUGUGAUCCCAUUCAAACUGAAUUACACAGUUGACUCUGUUCAAGGUAUCCUGAAUUUUACGAUGGAUGUUGAUAUGUUGUCUCACUUUGAUAAGUGGCAACGCUUAGGGCAGGAUGAUGAUUAUGAAGCUCAAGAUCAAUGGCCCAUUGAACUACGUCGUGCACGCAUGAUUCCAGCAGUAGACUAUGUUCAGGCACAAAGAGCACGGGGAAAGUUAAUCCAGGAAGUAAGAGAAAUUUUUACCGUUGAUGCGUUUAUUGGCAAUGCAACUGACUGGGAGAAAGUUUGCAUGGGAAAUCUCGUGGGUCUGCCUGUAAUUGUAGUCCCAACAGGAUUUAAAAAUAUAUCAAAUCCACCUUCUAGUGGCAGCCGACGGAGAACCACCAUCACCACUGGCAUAUAUGCACCCCCUCAUCACGAUCACAUUGCUUUAGCACUGGCAAUGGCUUACCAAUCAGUUACUGAUCACCACAAACAACGCCCACCUAUUAAUAAUAUUGGGCCAAACGACUCAAUUCCAAAUCCACCUACAGUUACCUCCCCUCCCGGACUAUUGCAUUUCUGAUGCCACUCCAAUGUUACUUUCGAUGUUGUUGUUGUGACUUGUGACCACAGUUUCACCGUUGAUGAUAUGGUAGAUCAAGUUUUUUUUCGUUUUUUUUUAUGGGAAAUAUCAAGUUUAUUUUGGGACGGAACAUUGACAUUUUUAUGACCAUAUAUCAAGGGCACUGAAUCGUUCAAUGAAAGAGAGGAAGAUGCCCAGAAUUUCCAUUGACUGUCUGCUUUUAGUGUUUUUAUCUUUCACAACGCAGAAUUUACCAGGUCUCGUGGCUAAUUUUGAAAUUUGUUAAGUAUGGUCAUUUUA